AGAAAAAAUGUUAGAAAAGGCUUUACCCAAUGCAAUGUUGAAGGCUAGACCUAAUAUUGAAUCGAGGAUUAAGUUACUAAAAAGGGAUUGGUCAAUCGUGUAUGACAUGCUUAAUGGCCAAAACAAUAGCGGUUUUGGUUGGGAUGAGCAUAGGCAGAUCGUUGUUGCUGAAGAUGCGGUUUGGAGCUCUUAUUUAAAUAGUCAUAAAGAAGCCGGUCAAUUCAGACAUCGUAGUUUCCCUUAUUACCACCAACUUACUUCCAUCUACGCAAGAGAUCGAGCGACUGGGAGAGAUGCUCAAACAGCCGCUGAUGUUAUUGAAGAAAUAAAUGUUCAGGAUGUACCUACUACAGAUAUUAAUGAAGAAAGAAACGAAUUCUAUUACUGCAAAGCUGAUGUCUCUUUGGAUGACAUGGAUGUUUCUGCUACGGAACCGCAACCAGAUAGAAACCAAGGGGGUUCCACAUCUUCAAAGAAGAAAAAAAAAGAAUUAUGAUGCAAGUGAUCAUAUUUCUUCUUCAUUUCAUGAUGCUGCCACUUUAUUGGCGAAAAACAUGCGG